AUGCAGAAAGUUCUGCGCUGCGAUUUCACGAGUGUCCCUCCCCACCCUCUCAUAUAUGCUUCGCUGGAGCCUACGCACUCGCCUCAUCGACUGCGGCGCAUAGACCUUCACCGACCGCGAAGCAAGUAUACGGUGGGACGGAGUCCUCUCAACGACUUUGUGCUGGGAGAAGAAUAUUCAGGGCAGAUUGAUUGGACGCACUGCACGCUUCUGAACGACGAGCAAGGCAAUGUGCGGAUAGUCGACAACUUCACGACGAACGGCAUAUGGGUCGAUCUUCGGCGCUUAGCGCCAGGCGAAUCUUGCAUAUUGAGAGAUGGGGCUUCUGUCCGCUUCGGUUUAUGCGCUCUCGCCCAUUGCAACCCGAGUGACUACAUGACGAAAUCAUAUGCGAGGGGCUUCAAUCACCAUUAUACCUUCCACUCGUUUGUCACGAAGGAUCCCCCUGGCCUAUCUCCCUCAGACUUGGAGCUUCGAAAGCGGGCGCGAGAGUUGGAGAGCAGCAAGUUCGGUCUCUUAGAGGAACGCCUACGCUUAGAUCGCCAGCUGCAGGACAUUGAGGAAGAGCAACGUCGAAUCACUCUAUCAAUGCGGGAAGUACCACCAACGAAGGACCCUGAUACGGUGAAGAAUGCCCAGUCUCGCUACGACAUGUAUGCUAUGGCAGUCCGUCCAGAUUACCCGGAUUUCUUUCCUCCAGACGUGCGCGACUUUCGGCCGCAGCCCUGGUUCCUCCCCGAUGUUAGCAGUGAGGAUGAAGAGGAGCGGAGCCUUUUCGAGAUGUAUCGCUCGUUUGGAGCGCCACCGAAUAAGCAGCCUCCUCCCCUCGAGAACAACUAUCGAGUGUUCGAAUUCACGAGGGUCAUUCACCACGAUGACGCACCUGACUGGUCUCAUCCUGAUAUCGUCUGGGGAGAACUGCAGUGUUUGAACCUGAGCAAGCCGUUGAACGUACCCCCGUCUAUCAUCUUCUGGUCCAUAGUCCAUUGCUUGCCCGUCUACAUGCACCCCGGCUAUCGCUCCAUGGCAGGACGAGGGCCUUAUGCGCAUCCGUAUGCGGUUAGCGAAUACGUCUUCUCCGACGAAUCCGCCGCGCAAUCCCGCAUUGAUCUCGGUCUUCCGCCGCUUGAGGACCCGUAUCCCCUUCGCCCUGUUAAAGCCUUGCAAGUUGCGGAAGGGAGAACCGUUGGGAAGGAGAGUGAAAUCGCGGAGCGUGUGGCUCUUCUCCAGGCGAAGGGCGAACUACCUCCCGGCCCCGGACCCGUAGCGACAGCAUCCUCUGAGGAAAGCCGCUCGUCAACGAUAUCCGCGUCAACACCCUCCAAGCGGCCUCGCUCCUCAAGUACUGGAUCGGAUGGAGUUGCCGGAUCAGACGCGACGGCGACCGGUAGCCUCUCUGUAGUUCACGCUCCAAAGCGUCGCAAAGCCUCUCCUGAUAUAUGUACUGCCCUUGUACUAUGUUAA